AUGCCUUCACUUCUUCAGAAACUCCUCCUGGGAAUUCCUCUGGCAUGUCUGGCUAGUAGCCAUGUCACGAAUUCCCUCGACUCGAACUAUAAGAUUGAUGUUCAUUCCCAUGUCGUUCCACCGAUUUGGAAGGAGGAAUUGAUCUCUGCAAACUACCCAGUCAAGAAUGGCACUUUGUAUACAGAUGGCUUCCCUGUCCCGGAUUGGACUCUGGAUUCACACGUUAGCACUAUGGACAGUCUUGGGCUUAAUUAUUCGACAAUCAGCAUCAGCGCCCCGGGCGUUUUCUUUCUAAAAGAGGCCCAAAAGGCCAAAUCCUUAGCCCGCAGCAUCAACCUGCUGCUUCAUAACUACACUCAAACUCAUCCCACUCGUCUUGGAGCCCUCUGUCUUCUACCACUCCCCUUUGUUGAUGAGGCGGUUGAGGAGUUGAAGUAUUGUCUGGAUACACUGGGCUUUGUUGGCGUGGGGUUAUUCACCAACGCCAAUGGGACGUAUUUGGGUGAUUCCGCCCUUGAUCCUAUCUUCUCGGCCUUGGAAGCACGCAAAGCUAGCAUCUUUGUUCACCCAGCCUCUCCGGACUGCGCAUCUGUCGCCAUGGGCCAUCCCAUCCCGAUGACCGAGUAUCCUUUCGAUACUGUACGUGCCAUUGAGAACUUGCUGCUGACGGGCCAACGUGCGAAGUAUCCGGAUAUCAAGAUGAUAUUUGCCCACGGUGGUGGCGCAAUUCCGUUCCUAGCUACCCGAAUCGCCGGCAUGGCUUCCCUUCCCUCGUUGGGUGGACUGUCGGUCCCUGAAUCCAUGGCUCAACUCGCCGGGUAUUACUUCGAUACCGCUGCAACGACUUCUGCGAUUCAGCUGGCAGCUCUGAAGAGCUUUGUUGGUGCGGAUCAGAUUGUGACUGGAAGUGACUAUCCAUACGUUCCUUUCGCCCAAGCAAAGCCGGCAUUAUCCUCGAUUGAGGCUAAUGGUGGCUUUACCCCCGUGGAGAUGGGCAACAUCAAUAAUCAGAAUGCCUUGGCAAUCUUCCCGCAGAUUAUCAAUGCUUUGAGGCUCAAAUGA